UUGAAUGUUAUAAUUAUAAUUAAUAUCUAUAAAAAUAAUCUUGAAUAUAUAUUUAAAUUUUCAGAUUAUCUGCACAGUUUAGCCAACUACGAUUUCCCCGAUUUCGGUAAAAAAUCCCCGAAGAGAAACGAAAGCAAUCAAGUAUCUCAAAGAUAUAAAUCAAGAAACGAUGAAUCACCUCACGAGGAGCAAACAAUGUACGUCAUUGAAUUCGAGUCCGAGCCGAGGGAAAGAGGAAUGAACAAUGGAAAUAAAGACGGUGAUCAUGAUUUAGACGUAGAUAAGCACAGUCCAUUGGACCCUUGGUCAAUAGUCUGGUACAUAGGAUCAUUUGGUGGAUUAGUGGCAUUUUUCCUGAUCGUAAGCUGCUCCGAAUGGUGCUGCAGACGUGGAGCACGUACACUGGGUACACCUUACGGCGUGCCACGUACUGGAGAAGCUGUUAAUUCUAGUCGUGGAGUUACCGAGACACCACCUCCGCCUUAUCAUCUAUUUGCACCGCCUCCGUACGAUUCAGUAAACUACGCUGACCUAGUGGACAAAGCGUCGGGCGAGAAGCUGAAUAUUUAUGUCAUCUCAGUCCCAGUUCAAUCCAAUAUUCCUGUACAGCCUCCGACGGCGUAG